GCUGUGUAUCCUGCCUUUGUUGUGUGUCUGUUUCGAAAUCACAACUCAUUCGGAAACCUUGAGAUAUGGCGUCUGUGAAUCAACCAAAGGAGGACUUAUCUGUCUCUUUCCAAGUUAUGACAGAUGAAGAAAUUGAACAAUUGGUAAACGACAUGGACAGCAAAGGGACAAAAAAAGUGCUGAAAUUUGCUAAAUGUAAACUCAUGGACUUUGCCAAAUUCACUGGAACUGAUUUGGAAGAAAUCACCAAGGAUACCAAAGAUUUGGACAAGUUUUUGACCAAAUUCUACUCCGCAAUAAGGAAGGACAAUGGAGAAUCGUACAAAACGAGGUCGCUACAAAACAUUAGGUUCGGUGCUCAGAGAUAAUUUGUUGAGAACUAUGGAUUAGAUAUCGGUGAUAGCAGCAAGUUUCCUCAAGCAAACCGGGUUUUCAAAGCAGUGAAAGUGAAGGCAAAGAAAGAAGGUAAAGGAUCCGUUGUACACAAACCUGUGAUUUCGUCAGACGACAUGAGCAAGAUCCAAGAGUCGCUAGACCUCUCCACCCCAAAAGGCCUUCAGGAUAAGGUUUUCUUGGACGUUCUCACCUUUUACUGCAAUCGAGGAAGGGAGAACAUUCGUGCGAUGAAAGCUGAAGACUUUACCAUCAAAGUAGAUGAAUCCGGACGGAGAUACGUACAAAUGAGAGACUUCCUAACCAAAAACAACCGUGAAAAUGUCAUCCAAGAAGCCGAUGCUGGCUUGAUGUUUGAAAUGCCUGAACUGGGUGAAAGGUGUCCGGUAGCUACAUUUGAAAAAUACGUAGCGAAGUUGAACCCUCAAAACCCUUGGAUGUGGCAAAGGCCAAAAGAUGUUUCGAAGAAGGAGCUGGCGCAAGAUUCUCCAUGGUUCGACAAUGCCCCAUUGGGCAUUAACACGAUUGGCAACAAACUGAAAAAUCUGUCACAAAAGGCCGGAUGCAAGCUAACGUACACCAAUCAUUGUCUCAGGGCAACCAGCAUCACAACACUCGAUGCCUGUGGAUACGAGGCUCGAGAUAUCCAGAGUGUCAGUGGGCACAAAUCUGCAGAUUCACUGAAGCACUAUUCUAAAACAAGUCAAACAAAACUGAAAAUAAUGUCUGAAUCGUUGGCCACUUGCCUAUACUCAGAUGUCAACAAGGACAAUAACAAGAACCAGGAGCUGGACGACCAGGAAUCUACAUGUAGGCCUAGUACUGUAGUAGCAUGGCCAUCACAGAAUGCCCCUCCAGAUCCAGUGCCAUAGCAACGACGAGUAACUUUAGUCAAGAAACUGUAGCAUAUGGCUAUGACUCCGAGUACGAGUGCGAUAUCCGGCAGGAUAACAUCGUUCUAAACCCAAACGCAGUCGAGAUCCUCAAUCAUGGUCAGGAGGGACACCAGUCACGGUCGUUCGGGGAGUGGAAACGUUUUCCACUUCCACGGAUGUAAUGUGACUAUCAACAACUACAUCUAGGCAGUAUAGCUGUCAAAUCUGCUGUAAAUAGCUGUAAAUGUGUUGAAUUCUUGAGAGUUGAAACAUUUUC